AGAAUAAUGAGGCAAUGGCUGCACAUCGAUUGGAUAUUCUCGUUGACGUCUAAAGGUCGAGAGCAAAAGAAGAUGCUGAAGAUAUUACAUAAAUUUACUAAACGAAUAAUUGCUGAAAGAAAACUUUAUCAUGAUCGCACUAAUGGUCAAUACUUGAAAAGCUUUUAUAAUGACACGUCGGCAAACAGAGAUGACGCAGAACCGGUAGGAAUACGAAGAAAACGACUUGCAAUGUUGGAUCUUCUAAUAGCAGCAUCUCGUGAUGGCCUUAUGACUGAUUCAGAUAUUAGGGAGGAAGUUGAUACUUUUAUGUUUGAGGGUCAUGAUACUACAGCAAUGGGUUUGUGCUUCAUUUUGGCACUAUUAGCUGAGCAUAAGGACAUUCAGGUAUCUAUCGUCAAAUGUAAAUCGGUAUUCUAAAUAGACAAAGAAAUUAAUUGAUUCCAAAAGUUAUUUAUUAACCCUCCAUUUAUAUACGGCAUCCUAGCCAAAAUGAUAUCUGCUCAUAACAAUAGAACUUGCAAACCUUCCAA